ACGCUGUAUUUAAUGAAAACGGCAAAGAUCAGAACAUCAUUAGACAAAGUGAGAGCCUCGGAACAAAAACAACUGAAUUCAUGCGAACUAAUUUAUAAAGCAAGUACCACAGAGAAAUGGCUAUAUGGAUAUGGAUAUUGAGCAUUCUGAGCUACUCUUGCGUUUCUCGUGCAUUAAGGUCAAAGAAAUGGGAUAUGUACCAGAGUAAGACGGAACUUAGUCACCUAACAGUGAACCACAAUACAGGGACAGUCUACUUAGGAGCAGUCAAUGCCCUGCAUCAACUCACAAAAGACUUGAAACCCUCAAUAGAUGAAGUAAUCACCGGGCCACAUUUGGAUAACAAAAAAUGCACACCUCCCAUUGAAGAAAGCCAGUGCUCUGACAAACAAAUGACGGACAAUUACAACAAAUUACUGCUGGUGGACAUUCAGGAGAAAAGAAUAGUAGUCUGUGGGAGUCUAUUUAGGGGCAUAUGCUCCAUAAGAGAGCUUGAAAAUAUAUCCAACAGGACUUACUAUGAGACUGGCAGCGGAGAGAAAUCGUUUGUUGCAAGCAAUGAUGAGAAUGUAGCUACGGUUGGGCUGAUCACCUCUUUGAAAAAAGGCCGAAUGAUGUUUGUGGGGAAGGGCAAUGGGGCAAAUGACAACGGGGUCAUAAUCAGCACUCGACAGCUUUUCAAUGGAGAUGGGAGAGAGAUUUUUGAAUUGUAUGCUGAUCCUGCUGCUAUUAAAUCAGCAUAUCCUUACUCAAGCUCACAGCAGUUCCUCUACAUCUUUGAAGACAAUAAAUUUGUUUAUUUUAUUUUCAAUCAGAAUGAGAGGCAGGCCACUAUAAACAGGACACUUAUUGGGCGCCUCUGCAAAGAAGAUGAACAUUAUCAUUCCUAUUUUGAAAUGGACUUGGAAUGUAAAGAUGACACCGGCCCUUUUAAUCAAAGCAAUGCAAUCUAUGCUUCUGUCCAUGGGAAACACCCAACACAUAAUCUAGCAUCAUCAGAGCAAGCUUUUGAGGCCUCACCACAGGACAAACUGCUCAUUGGCCUUUUCAGAAGAAUGGAAAGGGACUCCUUGGUGUCUGCCAUGUGUGUUUAUAACUUGAGCAAUAUCAACAAAAAAAUGGAAGAAAACAGGGAGAAAUGUUAUACAAAGGAUGCACGCAAUGUAUUUUACAAACCAUUCCGAACAGAAAAUGCUCCAUGCAAAAGUUCAUCGCACCAGAAUUCAAGUGUAACGUUUCCAUGUGGCUCUGAACAUUUACCGUAUCCUUUGGGAAGCAAAGAAGGAAUUUCUGCAGAACCUGUGUUCAAAAAGGAAGGCAUAAAUUUAACAGCAGUGGCCUUUGCUGUGGAGAAUGGGAAGACUGUAGUAUUUGUUGGAACAUCAGAUGGCAGAAUUCUGAAGGUAGCUUUGUCAAAUCCUGCAAAGGAAUACGCUAGCAUUCUUAUUGAAAAAAAUAAGCCUAUAAAAAAGGAUCUUCUUCUUGAUAGUCUCCAUGAGAACUUAUAUGUGAUGACUACAGAUAAGGUUUUUCGUUUGCCUGUCCAAGACUGUGCUAGUUACUCAACCUGUAACCUGUGCAUCCAAGCCAGGGAUCCUUACUGUGGCUGGUGUGUAACAGAAGGAAAAUGCACAAGGAAAAAAGACUGUGAAAGAUCAGCUAGGGAAAAUAAUUGGCUUUGGAGUCCUAAUGGUGUUUGCUUGAGUAUUACAAGUGCUAACCCUCAAAAUAUGAGCCGGAAAGUUCUGAGCAAGGUAGAAUUUACUAUAAGCCCUUUGCCGGACUUAAAUGAAGAUGAUCAGCUUUGGUGUCAGUUUGGUGAAAUGAGGCAGCAGGCAGAGAAAUACGGUGAUGCUGUUAUCUGCCUACCUCCAAAUCAAAUUCCUCCAACAACCAAAGGCCAAGACUCUGUCCUGGUUCUGGUAAAUCUGACCUUUGGAGAUAAUAUAUUUUUUGCAUCGGGUACAUACCCUUUUUAUGACUGUGGAGAAGCUAUAAAUCAUAUUGAAAAUGAGCCGUGUUAUUCCUGUGCAAGCAGUAGAUGGAAUUGCCAAUGGGACUGGAAGAAUCAUGUCUGUGAAGAUGCUUCUCUAGAGCAGGAUGUGAUUAAACAGAAUAUGGAAGAAGAAUGUCCACAUUUUCUAAAUCCCAGUCCUGAAGUAAUACCAAUGGAGGUCUCAACAAAAGUUUAUUUUGAAGGAAAGAAUCUAGAUAAUUAUCAGGAUAGAACUUUCAAAAUUGGAAAUAAUAAGUUUGAAUUUGAGACCACAGUGGAACAAACAGAAAAUGGAAAAUAUUUAUUUGAAAGCCCAGAGAUUACCAAUAUUGAAAAUGAAACUCUACCAUUGAGUUUAUUCAUUAAAACAGACAAAGAUAAAAUUGAUAGCAAGUUAAUUGUGACUUUAUAUAGCUGCUCUUAUGGUCGGGAUGACUGCAGCUUGUGUCUUGCGGCUGAUCCUCAGUACCAGUGUGUCUGGUGUGAAACCAGGGAGAGUUGUGUUUUCACAAAACGUUGCUCAUCUUCUACAACUACCUGCCCUGCUCCAGUCAUUACUCAGAUUGAACCAAAGAAUGGACCUCUAAGUGGUGGAAUUUUGUUGACAAUAAGAGGAUCUAACUUGGGCAUAAAGGCUGAAGAUGUCAAAGAAAUAAUGGUAGCCAACACUGAAUGUCAAUUUAGAAAAGAAUUCUAUUCUGUUUCUACCAAAUUACAGGAUCCUAUACCUACAGGAAUAAAUCCUCUGAGAGGUCCCCAAGCUGGAGGAACAGUUCUAACUAUCAGUGGCACAAACUUAGCCACAGGUUCUAUUGAAGAUGUUAGUGUUUACCUUGAUGAAGAACCCUGCAGAGUUAUCACAUUUGGGCAAGAAAUCGUUUGUAUUACUGGACCAAGCAACAAGAAGCUGCCUGUUUCUGUAACUUUACAGCACGGAAACACCAAAAAAGAAAUACAGAAUGUACAAUUUACCUACAGUGAAAAUCCUACUGUUAGCAAGAUCACCCCUGAAGUCAGCAUUCGCAGUGGAGGACGAAAUAUUACUGUACUUGGUGCUGGGUUUGAUAUCAUUCAGAAGUUCUCUGUGGAAGUUAAAUUCAAGCCUUUUACAGAUAUAUCAUCAAGGAGAAGGAGGAGGAGACAAACAGAGAGGCAUCAAAAGUUUGAAGGAAAGACCAUCUCAAAAAUCAAUGAUACUGCAUUAGUCUUCUUAUCUCCACCAGUACUAGAGGAUCCAGAACAUUAUCAAAUUUUUAUACUUAUUAAAAUGGAUGGUCAUGUGGUGGAGCGUCAAGACUUUCAGUAUGUUGCUGAUCCAACUUUUGAAAACUUUACUGAUGGAGUCAAAAAACAGGUCAACAAACUUAUUCAUGCAAAGGGUAGUAAUCUGAACAAAGCUAUGACAAUCGAUGAAGCUCGUGCAUUUGUAGGAGAAGAACCCUGCAACAUAACAACUCUAACUGAAAAAGAUUUAUAUUGUGAACCACCUGAAGAUCAACCUCUACCCAAGCGGAGGCAAAAAAGGGAUACGGUCAACAACCUUCCAGAAUUCAUUGUAAAAUUUGGCUUCAAAGAAUGGGUCCUAGGAAGAGUGGAGUAUGCUCAAGUCAGUGAUGUGUCACUGAGUCUGAUCUUGACAUGUGUAAUUAUCCCCAUGGUGGCCAUUAUCAUUAUCUCAGUCAUUUGCUACAGACGAAAAAGCCAACAAGCAGAACGAGAAUACGAAAAAAUUAAAUCACAACUCGAAGGCUUGGAAGAAAGCGUCAGAGAUCGGUGCAAAAAGGAAUUUACAGAUUUAAUGAUAGAAAUGGAGGAUCAGACAAAUGACAUCAAUGAAGCACGAAUUCCAGUGCUCGACUACAAAACCUAUACAGACAGAGUCUUCUUUCUGCCCUCUAAGGACGGAGAAAAGGAUGUAAUGAUCACUGGAAAAUUGGACAUUCCUGAAGCCAGACGACCAACCGUAGAACAGGCAUUGAAUCAGUUCUCCAAUCUGCUCAACAGUAAAUCAUUCCUCAUUAAUUUCAUUCACACGUUGGAAAACCAAAAGGAAUUUUCUGCCCGUGCAAAAGUAUAUUUUGCAUCUCUUUUGACCGUGGCUUUGCAUGGGAAGCUAGAAUACUAUACUGACAUCAUGAGGACAUUGUUUUUGGAACUUAUGGAGCAGUAUGUUGUGGCCAAAAAUCCCAAACUGAUGCUCCGAAGAUCUGAAACCGUUGUGGAAAGAAUGCUUUCUAAUUGGAUGUCAAUUUGUCUUUAUCAGUACCUCAAGGAUAAUGCUGGGGAGCCUCUUUAUAAAUUGUUCAAAGCUAUCAAACAUCAAGUAGAGAAAGGACCAGUGGAUGCUGUGCAAAUGAAAGCCAAAUAUACCCUGAAUGACACUGGUUUAUUGGGAGAUGAUGUAGAGUAUUCACAGUUGACUGUAAAUGUGAUUGUUCAAGAUGAAGGCACAGAAUCCAUACCUGUAAAAGUGCUAAAUUGUGACACUAUUUCUCAAGUAAAAGAAAAGAUCAUAGACCAAGUAUAUCGAAUUCUGCCUUACUCACAGUGGCCAAAGCCUGACAGUGUUGUUCUUGAGUGGCGUCCAGGAUCUACUGCACAGAUACUCUCAGACUUGGAUUUAACGUCACAAAGGGAAGGGAGGUGGAAGCGCAUCAAUACCCUGAUGCACUAUAAUGUAAGAGAUGGUGCUACCCUCAUCUUGUCAAAAAUGUGGAUUUCUCAACAGCCAGAGGAUCACCAACAAGACAUGCCAGAGGAACGACAUGCUUUAUUGGAAGAAGAAAAUAAGAUCUGGCAUCUAGUUCGACCAGUAGAUGAAGUUGAUGAAGGUAAAUCAAAAAGAGGGAGUAUGAAGGAGAAGGAAAGGACCAAAGCUAUCACUGAAAUCUACCUGACAAGGCUACUCUCUGUGAAGGGUACACUUCAGCAAUUUGUAGAUAACUUUUUCCAUAGUGUACUUGAUUCACACCAUGUUGUUCCACCAGCUGUGAAAUAUUUCUUUGACUUUCUUGAUGAGCAAGCAGAGAAGCAUGAUAUCAAAGAUGAGGACACCAUCCACAUCUGGAAAACAAACAGCUUGCCCCUUAGGUUCUGGGUGAACAUAUUGAAAAAUCCCCACUUCAUCUUUGAUGUUCACGUUCAUGAAGUAGUAGAUGCUUCCUUAUCAGUCAUUGCACAAACUUUCAUGGAUGCUUGCACAAGAACAGAGCACAAACUAAGCAGGGAUUCUCCAAGUAACAAGUUACUCUAUGCAAAAGAGAUCUCUACAUAUAAGAAAAUGGUGGAAGAUUAUUAUAGAGGUAUUCGCCAGAUGGUACAAGUGAGUGAUCAGGAUAUGAAUACACAUUUAGCAGAGAUUUCUCGAGCCCACACAGACUCAUUAAACACCCUUGUGGCUUUACACCAGCUCUACCAAUAUACUAACAAGUACUAUGAUGAGAUUAUAAAUGCACUAGAAGAAGACCCAGCUGCACAAAAAAUGCAGCUUGCUAUUCGAUUACAGCAAAUAGCAGCUGCUUUAGAGCAUAAAGUGACUGACCUUUGAUUUGAAAGCUGCAAUAAAAAAGUCUGAUCUGAAGAUGUGUAAAUUCAUUCUCCCUAAUAAGAAAAUAGUGUUCUAUUUUUUAAUGUGUAAUUACAAUUUUAAAUGAAAAAACAAAAGGCUCCUUUUUUAUAUAGAACCACUGUAAUGUAAAGAGUUUUUACUGUAAAUUAUGCUUCUAAUUAAAAUCUUGUGUGGUG